UGCUGGAAGAAAAAAAAAAGGGGGGGGGGGGAGAGAAAAAGGGGGAAAAACACAACAUUUGCAUUUGAAGCGUCCCGUCAGCUUAUCUGCUUUCAACACGCCCAUCCGACCAGAUGUUGUGUGCAGGGUGGAGGUGAUGAGGUGUGAAGAUGGAGGUUCCUGAAUAUUUGGACUUGGAUGAGAUCGACUUCUCGGACGACGCCGUGUAUUCCGUCUCAUCUCUGAAGAACAUUCCGGAAUUGUCCAGAAGGAACGACGCUCAGGCGGAGGAGAGAGCCGCGCCGCCCAUCAACUGGAGUCGCGGCGUGGCGUCCCACGUGGGAAUGGUGGGAAUCAAACCCGCGGGGGCGACUGAGGCGCACAGUAAAUUCCGUCCCGUGAAGCGGGUUUCUCCUCUCAAGCAUCACCCCGAGACCAGAGAGGAGCCUCCGGGCUGGGACGCCAAGGUCCAAGACCGGGAGCGAGGAGCGGGGGAGGCCAGGCCGGCCGCUAAGGACCACAGGCUGCCUUCUAAUGUGGCGGGGGGCAAAAUGGUGGACGCCGCUGGCCCGGGUUUGGCAGGCGCUAACCAGGGGGGCAACCCGGGUGUCCUGGGGGAGCUGGAGCACUACGACUUGGACAUGGACGAGAUCCUGGACGUGCCGUUCAUCAAGUCGUCCGGCCAGCAGAUGUCGACGCUGCCGAGGGCGCUCGACAAACGGCUGGCGGGCGCGGGCAACGCGGGCGCAGCCACGCUGGAGAGACAACAAAGGCAACACAAGAAGGACGACGACAGCGGCAAGAACGCGCCGGCGCAGAUGUGCGUCCCGUCCCCCUUGAAGUGGUCGGACCUGAGGAAGUCCAAGUCCCUGGAUCCGGACCCGCAGCACCUUCCUCGCUCUCAGUCCUCCGGAGGCUUCCAGCAUCCUCUUCAUCAUCCUCAUCUUCAUCACCAUCAGGAGGCGGCGGCGCUCUCCUCUUCCUCCUCGCUGCUCAGCGGCUCCUCGUCACUCUCUUCCUUCCCCGACGGAGACAAGCUGCUGUCAGCCAGGGUGUAUCCCGAAGCGCAGAGUCACAACCAGGACCAGAGGCCGCCGGGCCUGGAGCCUCCAGCGGGGGGCGCCGGCGUCUUGUUUCCCCUGCUGGCCAAGCAGGACACCGCCAAGCUGUGGGGCCCCGCAGGAGGAGGAGGAGCAGGAAGGGUUGGGGCGGUGGAGGUGGACGAGGAAGUCAAGAAGAAGCACAACAUCAUCAACAUCGUCAGGGAAGGUCAAAUCUCGCUUCUGCCUCACCUGGCCGCCGACAACCUUUCGCUGAUCCGCGACGAGGCGGGCAACAACCUCCUGCAUGUGUCGGCGUCUCAGGGCCACGCCGAGUGUCUCCAGCAUCUCACGUCUCUGAUGGGAGAGGACGGGCUGAACGAGCGCAACCAGAUGCAGCUCACGCCCGCCGGCCUCGCCGUCAAGAACGGUCACCUGGAGUGCGUGCGUUGGAUGGUGAGCGAGACGGAGGCCAUCGCCGAGCUGAGUUGCACCAGGGACCACCCCAGCUUGAUCCACUACGCCGCUCGCUACGGACAGGAGAAGGUGUUGCUGUGGCUGCUCCAGUUUAUGCAGGAGCAGGCCAUCUCUCUGGAUGAGGUGGACCACAACGGCAACACGGGCGUACACGUGGCCGCGCAGUACGGACAUCUCACCUGUAUACAGACGCUCGUGGAGUACGGCUCCAACGUGACGGUGUUGAACCAGCAGGGCGAGCGACCUUCGCAGCUGGCGGAGCGUCAAGGUCACAGCCCGUGCGCUCGCUACCUGGUCGUCGUGGAAACGUGCAUGUCCUUAGCGUCGCAGGUGGUCAAGCUGACCAAGCAGCUCACCGAACAAGCGGCUGAAAAGGCAACACUACAGAAACAACUACUCAAACUUGACACCAGCAGUCAUCCGUCCGGCAUGGAGGCAUGGCCCGAGAUGAUGCUGAGUGUGGAGGGGACGUCCCCGGAUGGCGAUUGGCUGGUGCGUCAGGAGGCGGGGCUGCGGAAAGACAGCUGCGAUGUCUCCAAGGCCGGGGCGGCGGCGGCGGGGGGUUCCGGCCGGGAGGGCGCCCGUCGAAGCGCCGCUCUGGCGUCGACGGAGAAGCGGGAGCAGAAGCUGGCUCGUUUGAAGCAGAUGAUGCAACGCUCGCUGAGCGAAUCGGAUUCCGACGCCCCUCCCAAACCCGAUAGGCCCACGCACCUGCCCAUCAACGAUGAGGAGCCCGCCUCCAAGCACCUCCACCUGGUCAUGAGGAAGCACCUCCCCACGGCUGACAGGAAGCCGAUAUCCAAGCCGGUCAACGGCGUGGCCUUCAGCCCCGGCGAGGCGGGCGACGGCGCGGGCGACGCGGAUGCCCCCACCGAUGCCGCCGGCCCCCCCAAGGUCGCGGCCACCAGCCCCAAGAGCGCCCUCAAGUCUCCGUCGUCGCGCAGGAAAACGGCGCACAGCCUCAAGCUCAGGGUCACUUUCAAUGAGCAGCUGCACCAGGAGGCGGAGCCUAGCAGGGUCCCGGCCGCCACCAAGGAGGCCGCGCCUACGGGAAGCUCAGAGGCCAAGAGGCCUUUCGGGGCGCUCAGGUCCAUCAUGGAGACGCUCAGUGGAAACGCAAACAACAACAACAACAACGCGCACAACACGUCACACAACCAGCACAAGAACAAGAACAAAAGCACCAAUGUGUGAACACUUUCUGUCGCCGGAGUGUUAAUGCUUUUUUUUUUUUAAAUAAUCACACACUUGUUUCAUGAUGUCACCUUUUUUUUAAAACGCAACUUUAUUUAAAGCUGGCUGGCAACAUCUAUUACUGUGACAAUACUAUUCAGGAUGCCACUUU